AUAUAUAUAUAUAUAUAAUAUAUUAAGUACUAGCAGCAUGGGAACAGAAAAGAAGUGUACGUAACUUGAAGAGAUGGGGACAGGGUGGUCACAAGAUGAGGCCUCACAGUCGCAGCAGCUGAGUCCUGGAGAACCAAGUAACAAGAAGUACUGGGUUGACAAGAAGUCCAACAACUGCUUCAUGGUGUAUCCAAGGGAUCUCACAAUCACUUGGGCUGACGACAAACGUUACUGGCACUGGCCUUCCCUGGAAGAAACAAGUAAUGUCUUCAUCGAUGUCGCUGAACUGUUAAGGGUAUGCUGGCUUGAAGUUCAUGGAAAAAUUGAUUCCACAAAGCUGUCACCAGGAACUCUAUAUGAAGUAGUAUUUAUAGUGAUGUUGAAAGCUGCAGCUUAUGGAUGGAAAGUUCCUGUCAAUGUCAGCCUCACUCUCCCAGAUGGUAACAAGCAAGAGCGUAAAGCUGAUCUGAAUAAAAUCCCAAGAGAACAAUGGACAGAGAUACCAGUAGGCGAGUUUAGAGCAUCACCAGGAUUACUUGGGAACAUUGAAAUUUCGAUGUAUCAAUAUGAUGAUGGCGGGAUAUGGAAGAGUGGACUUUUGAUCAAGGGCGUUGCCGUUCGGCCUAAAAGCUAAGAGGGUCUGCAACACUACGCUUAUGAGCAGAGAGAGAAAAUGUUCUGAGUUUAUCAGCAAAAGCUGCAAAACUUCUUAGUGGUAUGCAUACAUACUGCUUUUCAAUAAAAUCUAAGAACUUGCAAUUUCUCAAGUUAAAAAAAGGUUUUUAUGGCAAAUGAACCAUGAAAGUCAUUACUAGAAUGAUUAAUGAAGUUUAGCUCAGAGCUAGAACAAUUCAAAGUUUUCUACUCACAAAAAUAUACAUGAAAGGGUCAGAGGUGAAUAUUACAUUACACUAUUCACUGCCACUAGUCAUAGGAAUAUGUAGAAGAAUAUGUAGCGUAAUAUGUUGUGCUGUAUUAUGUGCAAUUUAUGCAGCGUACAUCUGAAUCUAAUUAAACUCCAAGACAUACAAUUGGA